AUGGAGAUGCGCGCCGCCCGCAUGGUACAUUCAGCUGACUCUCUGUUGAAAUUAGUGUCGGAACUUAAGAGGACAGCCAUCUUUUCUGGGCUUGCUUCAUUGAAUGAGAAUGUGGAUAGGAGGAUUGAAGUGCUGGGUCAGCAAGCUGAGGGAACUGAGAGAAUGCUGGAGAGGAUUGGGCAGGAGGCAGCAGCAAGCCUCAAGGAGCUAGAGGCACACUACUACUCAUCUGUUGUGCGGUCACCAUCCUAUGAUUGA